GCGAAAUAAGUCGUCGGAUUAGUUUAAUAGUAAUAGACUGUUUCACUGUUAAUAAUUAGCAUUUUUUGUAACGAAUUUUUAACAGCUAUUGACAGAUCAAAAACCGAGUGAGAUUUCAACUGCAACUAGUUUUAACACCAAUUACACAUGUUUACCAAAGAAGAUGACAAUUCUGGAGAAUGAUGUGAUUUCUACGCGCAGCAAACUAUCAAAGCGAAAAUUUAAAACCAGUGAACUAAAACGUAAAUACUUAUUUCAGGAGAACACUGUCCCAGCGAAGAAACAAGUGUUUAGUGACAUGUUAAACGGAUAUAGAAUAGACCAGAGGAACAACGGAGAUGUCCUUCAGGACUCUCCAGUUGCUACACUGUCUAAUAUGGGCAAUACCUGCUUUCUAAAUAGUGUAAUUUACACCUUAAGGUUUGCUCCCACGUUCUUACAUAAUCUGCAUCAUUUAAUCGGUGACCUGGCUUUAGUGAGUGCAAGACUAAACCAGAACAAGGCUAAAACUUCUUCAUUAGGGAGAAAUGUAGGGUCAAUCACUGGUCCAAGUUCCCGUAGUACCAGCAGCAAGGAUCUGCUGUCACUUGGCAGCUCGAAUGAUAUCAUACCAAAGUCAAAGGUUCAGAUUGUGACCGAGAAGUUACAUGAGUUGUUUAUGACCAUGCACAGUCUUGAGUUGAAGGAAUCGACGGAACCUUACCAACCUGUUGCUUUUCUGCAAGCUGUGAGAGAAGCAAAUUCAAUUUUUGAGGGUAAUAACCAACAGGAUGCGCACGAGUUGUUGGUAUAUUUACUGGACAACAUUAGGGAGACUUGUGAUGUUUUGACCCAGCAAGUGCAGCAAAAUCCUGAACUGUUAAAUGAAACGGAAGCCGUAGCACCUGUAAAUAACAGCAAGCUUUGGAACGUGAGGCGAUCUUGGAAGAAAAGUUUGAAAAAGAAAGAUAGAAAUACUAAAGAAGCUAUAUCAGAAGAACAUACCAACGGAGCCAGUGUUGUUGACACAGAAGAUGGUAAUUCCAUGGAGAGCAGUAACGGUACGAACAGAAAGAAGCUUGGUUACAACUUCGUGGCUGAGGAUUUCGAGGGCAUCACAUUACGACGUACUAAGUGCUUAGAAUGUGAAAGUGUGACAGAGAGAAAAGAACCUUUCUACGACAUACCCGUGCCCAUAUCCAUAAAAGAUGAAGAUCUGGAGAUGAAUAUGAACGUGAAUGACAUAUUCCGCAGGGCUUGUGUUACGACGGAGAAAUUAUGUGACGCCAAUAAAUAUCUUUGCGAAAAGUGUGAACGGUAUAACGAAGCAAGCAGAGAGGUUCUGUUCGAGAAAUUGCCAAAUAUAAUGGUCCUGCAGCUGAAAAGAUUCACUACAUCGACUUCCGGUGUUCAGAAAGUUAACACGUAUUUGCCGACUCCCUUGGAGAUGGAGUGCUUCUGUGAAAGUUGCUGUAAAGUGGACGAAAGAGAAUCGCCUCCCCAUCGAUAUCAGUUGUGCUGUGUCAUCAUGCAUUUAGGAGGCACUAUGGCUUCCGGUCAUUACAUCGCUUAUGUUAAGGCGUCCGAUCAUCUAGAGGAUUACGCGGAAUGUUCCAGGGAUUUGCCAAAGGGAAGUUUAUCCGCGAGCAGUAGCGAGAAGUCCCUGAAUUUCCUUAAAUAUCUAAAACCGCGAGCUCUGGGCAACUCGCUUAUCGAGAGCCGUAACGGGUUGUCUUCCAAGAGCGUCUUAAACGGUGUCAGAAUGUGUAAAAGCAUGGACUGUUGCGGUGUUAGACUAAAUAAAAACGUGGUUGAAAAUGUGAUCAAUAGUUUUUCGAGAAAGGGCGGGCAGGAGUACUGGCAUUCUUCCACCUCCCCGUCCGAGGAUAUGUGGUUGGAGUGCGACGAUGAGAACAUCCGACCCAUCACUAGCCAGGAGUUUGUAGACGAACUAGGUUACAAACCGAACUCCACGUCGACUCCGUAUUUACUGUUCUAUGCGAAAAUCACAGACCUGGCAAUAGACUAAUGGUAACUAAUUUUAUAGAAAUGGGUACAUUAUUUAAUAAAAUUUUUAGUGAGUACAAAAAAGGUAUAGUGAUUAAAUGUGAUAUCACAGAAAGUUUAAUUUGACGUUAUCAAAAAAAAAAAAUGUAAUACUUAAAUAACUGUACCUAUGCAAUCCAAUAUGAAAUAUGUCGUGCAUGCAAUCUUUGAGAAAAAUGUCGAAUAGGCAGCUUUAAUUUCAUUCUCGAAUCUCUCCAAAAAAGCACCCCAUACUAACGCAAUCUGUUUUUAACCGAUAUCUGUAACCAUAUGAGAUGUUAGAUUAAUAUGCGUAUAUGCUUUUACAAUUUCAAAGUGGAGUCAUUCCAGGCCAAAUCAAAUAGAGAUUUAAUGAGAUUAGUUGUUUUGUAUAUUAUUCGUUCACAUCAAAAGUAACGCCAUUAAAAAGGGGCACCGAUUUCAAAGUUGAUUUUCUCUUGAAUUGCUAAUCUGAUUUCAAACUGUAGGUUUAAUCCUCAACUACAAAUAUAAUCUAAUUGCAUCAAAUUGUAGUCCUAUCUUUUCUGAUUAAUUUGCUUCUUGAUUUGUGUCAUUAUCUCUGUUGUUAAUGGAGAUACAGGAUUAAUUUAUUGGAAAAACUUGGGGAAUGACGUUUAUUAAAGUUUUUUUUCGGGUAUGAGUCAUUAAAGUGAAGCCAUUAUUGGAAGAAUUGUUUGAUUUUCAUCUGUUUCUAAAUCUUUGCAAUAAAUUGAUGCCUUUUAAUUUAAGCGUAUCUCAAUUAAUAACAGAGAUAAUGAUGUGAAUAAAGAAACAGGUUGUUUAGAAAAUAUGAGACUACAAUUUGAUUUAAGUAGCCAUUCCUUAUUUCAACUGGUGUGCUAUACAGUGUUUCAAAUUUCUGGGAAGAAUCAUUCUUACAUUCCAUACAGUGUGGUGUGGAAAAACAUACCACAAGCUGAGAAACCGGUAGAACAUCAAAAUGUAAGAAAUUUUUUUACAAACCAAUUUUAGCAGUGUCUUGUUCAAAAGAUAUGUUAAGAGUUUGGUAGAGGUAAGAUUUAAAGGUGUUAAAUGUUUGCGUUGUCUGUUUUUGACUAUUUGCAACUUUACCAAGUGAUUUUACGACGUAACUUUUUCGAAGCAGGUAUAUUAAAAUGUAAAAUUCAACCAGCUUUUACUUCAUAUACGAAAUCUUGGAAAUAAAAUGCCAUACUUCCCUUUGAACGGAAAUAAUCUGAUUUACAUCAAGUUACUUUAGUACAAUUUUGUUUCUUUAAAAAAUUAUCGGAAUUCAACAAUUUUUAUUCCAUUUUAACUAAUAUUAAUAAAUAACUUUUGAUAGAAGCAAGUACUAAGCAGUUUGAACUAAAUCGUUUUUUUUGUUCAUUCAGAAAAUCUACCUUUCG